UUUUUUGUUUGCAGGCUUCGGGCCUUUCAAAAAAGAACGAACCAACCAAAAUUGCUUGCAAUUGAAGGUACCUUUCCUUUCCCUUCAAUCAAUUCUCCGCCUUCUCUCCAUUUCCCCUCGCCCACGCCUCCACCAAACCCUAAUCCCUCCUCCCCCCCUCGCUUCUCUCUCCCUAUCAUCAUGCCUCGAGAUACGUGUACCGCUCUGGCGCUGGUUCCGGCCACACCGCCUACGCCAAAACCGGCGGCGGCUGCUGUUGUGCCCGGUGGUGGUGCGCCCAGCACCACUGCCUUGGCCCCUGGUUUUCGAUUCCACCCGACGGAUGAAGAGCUCGUCAGCUAUUACUUGAGGAGGAAGGUUGGGAACAAGCCCGUUCGCUUCAACGCCAUCGCUGAAGUCGAUAUCUACAAAAAUGAGCCAUGGGAACUUGCCGACAAGUCAAGGUUGAAAAGCAGAGACCAAGAGUGGUACUUUUUUAGUGCACUGGACAAGAAAUAUGGCAAUGGUGCAAGAAUGAACAGAGCUACCGGCAGAGGUUACUGGAAAGCAACCGGGAAAGACCGGGAAAUUCGUCGAGACGACCAACUCAUAGCGAUGAAGAAGACUCUUGUGUUCCAUAGUGGACGAGCCCCUGGUGGCCAGCGUACCAAUUGGGUUAUGCAUGAGUACCGUUUAGUUGAGGAGGAGUUGGAGAGACUUGGCAAUUUGCAGGGCGAUUCAUAUGUUCUCUGUAGAGUGUUUCACAAGAAUAAUAUAGGACCACCAAGCGGAAACCGCUAUGCUCCUUUCAUGGAGGAAGAGUGGGAUGAUGGUCAAACUGCUCUUGUCCCGGGAGAAGAUACAGCAGAUGAAGUUGUUGCUUGCAAUGGAGCUUAUGCUCAGGCGAAUCAUGUCGAGCAGGAUAAGUACCGCCUGAGCAAAGAAUCCUUUGAUUUCAAUGAAGUCCCAAAGCAGACUCGAGACCUUCUGUCCUUGUGCAAGAAUGAAAGUGUGGAGAUGGAGGAGGAAACUCCCAUGUGUGUCCUCAACACAGAAGCUCCUUUCCCGCUGAUCCAGUACAAAAGAAGGAAGCACAACGACUAUGAUUCUCAUGGUUCAGAAAAGUCGACCAGAACAACACAGGACCUUUCCUCAUCUACCACAACAACAGGUGCUACGACUGCUACUACUGAUACGACAAUGACGACAACUGCUGCAACUACUACAGCUAUAUCUGCACUGCUAGAAUUCUCCCUUAUGGAGCCCAAGGAACGCACACCUCCCCCGCCUUCUCCCCCAAAGGAACCCACAUUGACUGCUGCUAGCCUCGAGUCGAUGGUCCCUUCUGGGUGCAUGAAGUUUAUCAACGACCUGCAGCGUGAGGUCCACAAAGUCUCAGUUGAGAGGGAGACGCUGAAGCUGGAUUUGAUGAGCACUCAAGCCAUGAUUAACAUACUCCAGUCGAGGAUUGACGUUCUCAGCAAAGAGAAUGAGGAUCUGAAGAGGAGCCUUCAUAAGGGAAAGUGAGUGGAGUACUUUCUAAUUUAAAGUAGCUGUCUCUCUUAGCACUUGUCGCCUGUGAGCUGCCUUGCCUCAAUGAGCGGCAGUGAGUCCCAUUGUGUUUUAAUUAGUAGUGUCUUCGCAUGAGUCGCCUACUCCCCUUCCUGAACGACGGUAGGCUCAGUGGGGGGAAGUAGGCGGACAUGUUAGCUUGUAACAUUUAGUGUGUCAUAGCUAGGGGCUUUUCCUGAUUCGGUUCAAUAAUUUUGCCGGUAGAAGAGACGUCUGAAGUGCUGGAUUGGGACAAUCGUAGGCUCGGGAAAAGCUGAGAACUUUGUUUCUGCGUUCUGCCCUUGUGACUGGUCGUUCUGUAACUUGGAGCAGUAAUUCUAGGUCUGGAUGCUUAUUAUAUUAUGAGUUGUAUGCCUUGUCUGUCAAGCUGGCUGUGUGGUUGCCCUGUCAUAAAUUCGAGCCAUGGGGAUCUUGCUUAGAAGCUACAAUACAGCAAUGUUCUUAUUCUAUCAUUACA